AUGCCGCAAGAGGAAAACGCGAUGUGCAGGAAGAGGGGGGAACCUGGGUACGAUGAGUUUGUGGUACCGAAAAGCGAACCGGCGGACACGCCCAAUCUAAACAAUGGCACCGGCAGCGCCUUUCUGGAGGAGGACGACGGAGAUGACGAGCGGGAACGAAGGCGCUGGAUGAACAAGACUGCGCCGCCGACCGCCGGGUUUGUCGACCAGGACGCCAUGUCGAGAAGCGACUCCCGCUCAAGCACGACGGUCGUCGCAAGUCGCCCCCAUGAGCCCAACAACGACUGGGACCGAGAUGGCAAACCGCAGAGUUCGGCCAAUAUCAUGAGAUAUCCCAACGUGCCUCGAAACGACUCUUACUCGGAGGACAGCCGGAGCACAAACAACCGGUCGCCCGUGCAAUUGGAACGCCACCGCGUGCCCUACUUUCGAUAUUUCGGUCCCACCGCCAUUGUCCCUGGCUUUAAGCAGAUGGUGGUGAAUGUGUAUCGCGACAGCAGACGAAAGAGCCGGGGCAACUCGUUCUCGACCACCUCACCCGGGUCGCUGUUCGGCCACGGUACCCACCAUAACCACCACGAGACGGCCGUGGAGACACUGGAAGAUUUGCCGAUAUACGACGUGAACAGCUCCGGCCCAGUUCAUUCCUUGAUCAUCUCCCUCGUUGAUACUUUCUUUCUCCAUCUUGGCUGCAACUACCGUUUCCUGCGCAAGGAUCGGUUUCUGCUCAUGCUCAAGGAAAAGCGGAUCGAGCCUAUCCUGGUUGAUGCCGUGUGUGCCCUGGCCGCCCGUUUCUCCGAGCUGCCUAUUUUCACGAACAAUCGCGACGGGAAGCUGAAGCGGUCUGAAUAUGGCCAUGUGUUCGCCCAGCGAGCCAAAGCGGCGAUUGUCGACACCUUCCCCUGCCCCUCAGUUGCUGCUGUCCAAGCUUGCCUGCUGGUGGCGUACGAGGGGUUUGGUGCCGACCAGGAUAGCGCGCUGUGGAUGUACCUCGGCAUUGCCAUCAGGAUGGCCGUUGAUCUUGGGCUCCAAAAGAUGGAAGGCGUCAAAUAUCAGGGUGAGCGCGACCCCUGGUACACGAGAUGCUGGAGCCGGAAAGACCCCGACGGCACGGAUGGCAUCGACAAUAACCAUAAUGAUGAGGAGACCCUGAGCCCGGAUGAGCAACAGGAAGUGGAACAGGAACGUAUCGACACAUUCUGGUCGGUCUUCGUCUUGGACCGCGUGAUUUCGUCAGGCACGGGCAGGCCUGUGACUUUCCGCGACGACGAUUACGAGCUCUCACUUCCACCUCCAACAGUUGACCCCGUUUCGAACUGGCCCGACCCGUUUCCUCCUUUCAUCGAGAUCAUCCACCUAUACGGCCGCGCCUCGGACGUCCUCAACAACAUCCGGAAUGCCAACGACCUCACCGAGGAGAAGAUGCACAAGCUCAAAAUCAUGGAGCGGGAUCUCACGGCAAUCUACCAGAAGCAAGAUCAACGCCUCCACUUCAAUGCUGUCAACUUCCGCGAAUAUGUGAAUGCAAAUCAAGGGACCAACUUCAUCUUGCUGCAUUUCUGGUUUCAUGCAUUGGUCAUCAUCCUUCAUCAGCCCACCUUGCUCACGCCAUUCCAUAACCUGAGCCCAACCCAGCUGUUGGCGAACAGCCCAGAGCUGCCAAACAGUCGCGAGCUGUCCAUGUCAAGCGCCAAAACGAUCGCCGAUAUCCUGGCAUUCGCCGAGUUGAUCGACCCCAAGAGCCUGAUUGGCAACCCGUUCACGUCACAGCCCAUUUACAUUGCCGCAUGCGCCUUUCUCAUGGAAUCGGUCGCGAACACCUCGCAGAACCCUUCACGAGAGGCUUCAUUAACACCAGACCCUAAAGCCGAUCAAUUUAAGUCGCCCGCUGGAAGAUACUAUUCGAACCAUGACCCUCGCCCUCUGAAGCAUUCGCUCCUUGCGUCUGCCGCCAACCAAAACUACCAGCGCUGCCACAAGUCCCUUCAGCAACUAGAACAAUAUUGGGGCGGCGUCGGCUACAUCCUCACGGCUUUAGACCAGAAGUCGAAGGGCAUUUGGGAUUGUGAGAUACUCACCAAUGAGGAGUACGAAGCUAUGAAAAUGGCGCGGCGAGGCCCUUUGAGCCGCCUGUCGAGAUUUGAGCAUCCUGCCUCACCCAAUGUUCCGCCUAUCGCAUACUCACUUACUGGCACCACGAACUCCCCCAACUCCAAUCUUACUGUCCUCUUUCAGGGCAGUCUCGGAGCACAGUCCGCGACCCCUGCCUCUGCCUCCAUCACGUCAGUGCCGCCGCAACCGUCAUCCGUCCCAGUGUCUGCGGCAACUCCUCCGGGCAACAUGAUUUACGACCCGAUUCGACAGAGUCUCCCGGAAACACCCCCCGCAUUCCCACCGGCAUACCUGCAGCCGAAUGUUUCGGCCGUGCGCUACCAGUCGCACUCGUCCAAGGCGCACCGGCUUUCGCAAUCGCCGGCAGUCGGCAAGUCGAUGUUGAAGUACGAGUCACCAUCCCCCGGCGAUCUCGACCAGGGCAGCCUACACCACGAGAUCAAGCCGCCUUUGUAUGGGUUGCGGCCCAGUCACGGCCCCCUGCAUCACUCGUCCUACAACUACUCCGCGUCGAUGCACACAGCGUACGACGUUAUGGGGCAUGACCGCUCACCGUCCAGCACGCCAACAGAUUCGGGCAUGGGUCCGUCACAUGCGUCGCACAGCCAUGGUCACGGCCAUGGUCUUAACCACAGCCAUGACAACAGUGACGACCAUAACCACCACAACAGCUACGAGGCAGAUUUUGCGCAGAGCGGCUUGGUGUCCGGCUCGUACUCGUACAUGGGUCUAAACCCCAUCCAUGAUACCAUCACCUUCAACAGCCAAGAGGUUAACUUUGAUAUGCUUGGGCUGCAAAGCGAGAUGAUGCCGCCGUGGUUGGAGAUCCUGCCGGGAGAUGUCUUGGGCGGAUUAUUUGAAGGUGGUAUUAUGGGGGCGGCUCAACACAUGGGGUAG